GCAAAAGGUACAAAUAGAUAUUCCGAAAUCGGGUCUAACCUGUACUUCUACCAAGAUAACAAAGUUGGAAGCAUGAAUGUUAUGCUGCAGCUCGUACCUUUGCUAUGCGUUUUAGAAUCAAAUAUCAUGGUUUCUGGAGAGAGUAGAGGCUCUUCAGAGACAGCUUUGCACAGGGAUACAAGACAACUUAAUGCUCCCUCUCCAAUUGACUGUAAGCUGAGCAGCUGGAGUGAAUGGGGACCAUGUGACCCAUGCUUAAAUCAAAGGUUUCGCUCUAGAAGUAUUGUGAGAUUUGGACAAUUUGGAGGAAGGAAAUGCCUGGAAUCUUUGGGAGAUACUCAAAAGUGUAACAGCAACAGAGCUUGUCUUGAAAUGGAAGCUGAUUGUGGAGCUGACUUUACGUGCGACUCAGGUCGCUGUGUCAAGAUGCGGCUUAUGUGUAAUGUAGACAAUGACUGUGGAGACUACUCUGAUGAAAAUGACUGUGAAGCAGAGCCACGAUCACCCUGUCGGAAUCAGGAUAUCGAUGUAUCAGAAAUUGGAAGGACUGCAGGCCAUGGAAUCAAUAUUCUAGGGAUGCAGCCAAUGGCCAGCCCAUUUGAAAACGAGUAUUUUAAUGGCCUUUGUGAAAGAGUGCGUGAUGGAAAUACAAAGACAUAUUACCGCAAGCCGUGGAAUGUUGCUGUACUUAAUUAUGAUACAAGAGCAGACAAGAGUUUCACAACUGAGUCCUACCAUGAUCGAGUAGAGGUGUUCAAAGAGGUUCUCAAAACAAAACAAGAAUAUUUUGAGUAUGGAAUGGUUUUGAAAUUGAAACCUACAGAAAAAACAAAAGAAGCUUUGAAUUUUUCUAGUGGCUACAAAUAUUCUGCGGAAGGAAGUUUUCAUUCUAUCCUGCAUUAUGACCAAGAAAGGAACCAAACCUUUCUGCUUGUAAAAGGAAAAGUACAACUAGGAAGAUUUCAAAUGCGUAGUCGUGAUGUUCGUCUAACAGAUGCUUUCCUUGAUGAUUUAAAUUUUCUGCCAGUUGAAUAUGACAAAGGGGAAUAUUUUAGAUUUCUAGAAAAUUAUGGAACUCACUACGCUGUCUCUGGGACUGUGGGAGGAAAAUAUGAACUCGUAUAUGUGUUGGAUAAUUAUGCCAUGAAUUUAAAAGGCAUCCAUGUAGAAGAUGUAAAGAAAUGUCUUGGCUAUCAUUUAGAUACCAGUUUAGUAUCAAAAGAUUUGGAUUACCAAUUAAAAAUUAAAGGUGGUAAAUGUGAAAACAUCACCAUAACUUCAACAUUGGAGAAAAAACAUGAUGCAGUGAUUGAUGAUGUCCUUUCUUUUGUUGAUGGAGGGAAGAUUGAUUUUUCAGUUAAGAUAAAAGAAAUGCUACUGAGAGGAGCCCAAGUGGUUGAUAUACAGGAUUACCUGCAGUGGGCCACCUCACUGGUGGAUGCUCCAGUGGUGAUACAACAGAGGCCAUCUCCAAUCCAUACGCUUGUUCCAGUUAAGAUGAGAGAUGCGCAUACGAAGAAACAAAAUUUGGAAAGAGCAAUUGAGGACUAUGUGACUGAACAUAGUGUGUGCAAAUGCGAGCCUUGCCAAAAUGGUGGCACUUUGGUGGUGAUAGACGGAGAGUGCAUCUGUAUGUGCUCCAGCUAUUUUAAGGGAAUUGCCUGCCAGAUUGCCAAAGGAAAAGAAAGUGAAGCUAAGCAAGUCACUAAUGGAGGCUGGAGCUGCUGGACUGCCUGGUCCCCCUGCGUGCGAGGAGAACAUACUCGAACGCGUCAAUGUAAUAAUCCCGAACCGGGCCCUGGAGGCAAGCAAUGCGAAGGUGAAAGUAUCGAAACAAGCUUCUGUGCUGAAGAACUAUAGUCGUACCAGUUUAAAAAUGGGUGAUUGCUAUGAAAACAAUACUCAGAUGUGCACAAACUCAAAACUACAAAUGUUGCAUCCAGCUGGCAGAGAAGGCAGCAAAGGACUAUCCAGAUGUAUGCUUCAUGAGUGCCUGCAGCUUGAAUGAUUUGUAAUCAAAACCAAAUAAGAUAAAAUAAACAUGUUUAAGGAUA